AGAGAUGAAAACGCUAUUGUCUUUGUUCUUUCUGCAGCUAAGGAGACCACACAGCGCAACUGCCUAUAGGAACAAGCUCGACUACCUCGGCUUCCCGAACGUGACCAACACGAGCGCGGUCAAGCUGCAGCACUACGGGUACAGCUUCGCGGCCGACGACAUCUCCUGGCUGAAAUCGCAGCUGAGCACCGUCGCCGAUAAGGUCAAGCAGCUGCACAAGGAUAACGGCUUGCUCACGGCCGGCCUGGCCUACUACUCUCGCCCCGACGCCGCUACGGACUCCAACCUUGCCAACAUCAAGAGCAUCAUGACCAGCAUUAACGGAAUGCUAAACGCGGCGCAAGACAAGAACACGACCAUCCUGAAGACCACCUUCUUGGCAGUUAAACUGAGCGGCAAGGAUUCGAGCGCCCGGAACGACGCCAGCGCCUUGCAAGAGCUCAAGGGGAUCGCCAACAUCGACCUGCUUAUAUUGCUGACCCACCUGGUGAACGUCCCCAGCCAUCCUAACUGCAAGAUACUGCCACUGAGCCGGUACGCGGCCGACGCCUUAGACUCCAUAGAGCCGCCAAGCAUGGAACGCCUGCUGAACUCCAUCGACAAGCUCAAGGAAGCGAAGUUUCGCGUGGCCUUCUCCACAAGCUUUGCGAUGUACCUCUUCAAGCCCUUGGGCGGUCUCAAGGAUACCACCAAGUUCGGGGACAAGUGCAUGCACAGCUUCUACGACGACAUGAGCGCGCUGUGCGAUGUGCCGGACGCCAGCAUCAUUGAAGACAAAAAGAACCCCGCCGUUUCGACCGCCACGUACUCGAAUAAGCAGAGCGGCAUCUUCAUGGUCUUCGAGACGAACAACGCCACUCGCGUAAAGGUGAGCCAGGCGUUGGUCAAGGCGCGCGAGAAGGGUGUGAUGCUCACCUGGGCAGUCUACGAAGUGCACCGAGACCAGAUGCUCUGCGAGAACAAAAGGAAAACGCUGGAGCGGCUAGCCACCGUCAACGAUUCCAUGGUGACGAUCUUCUUCCCGCGCAAGGACGACCGCUGACGAAAAGAAGUCCCCCUUCCUGGCUGAUCCCAUCGCGUUCAGUAAAGAGAGGCAGUUGGUGGGACGAUUCAGCGUGCGUUGCUAACUUUAGCGAGAAGAAACAAGUGUCGCUACACAACGAGCGAUGGUAGCACGUCCUGUAGCCCUUCCUGGAAGGACGAGCUGUAAACAUGAUUUGAAAGUUUAUUUUUCAUCGAAACACGCAAAUUACACCGAAUAUUCAAAGGAAAGAUCGUGACGAAGUGAGGGCGCGUGCGUGCUCAAUGCCGCGUCUCGACACCGGGCGUUUUGCGCCGACAGAGGGAGGCGCAAGAAUGCUGUUUGGCAUCGCCGAGUUUGACACGCGCUCCCGUGAUCCC